GUAGAGACUUACAGCCGCCAGACUGCUGGAACUCAACAGGAGCCGAUUCACCAUUAAAACAAGCCCGCAGAGAGGAAGGGCAGAACCUGUCUUUAGGAUCCCUGGAUGCCCGCCGGUGCCCUGGCCGCACACGCAGACUCGAUGGCCAUCAGCUGACCCCUCCCCCCAGGAUGAUGGUGAGAGAGCGGCUUCGGCAGAACAUCUCGGCCACCUUCUACCGGCACGGCCUGCUAUGCGCCUCCUACCCAGUUCCCAUCAUUCUCUUCACAUCUGCCAGCAUCCUGACCUGCUGUUACCCUCUGCUGAAGCUGCCUCUUCCAGGAACAGGGCCUGUCGAGUUCACCACUGGAGUACGAGAUUACUCGAUCCCAUCCCAUGAGUCUCAGGGUGACCUGUCUGAGCGCCCUGAUUGGUAUCGGGGUCCUCCGGUGGCCUACAUCCAGCAGGUCUUGGUCAAGGCAGCGGUAUCACCAUGGGACAACAGUCUGGUUCCUGUGGACGUGUUCCGCUCUCCCCUUGGGCGCGUUUUCAGUGUUCUGGAGGAGAUCAGAAACCACGUUUACACAGACAGAAGUUUGGAGGCACUGUGCUUGCAGGUGACGGACCUGUUGCCAGGGUUGCGGCGCAUGCAGGCAGUCCUUCCAGAGCAUGGCUGCCUGCUGGUAUCCCCUGGCAACUAUUGGCAGAAUCGGCGUGACCUGUUUGAUGCAGAUCCAGACCUCCUGAAGACAGUCCACCAACAUGAACCCAAAGGCCUUCAUACUUCAGCCACUCUGAAAGAUUUACUCUUUGGUGUCCCAGGGAAGCAGACAGGUGUAAGCCUGUACAACAAGAAGAGAGUGGUGACAUACACCAUCACAAUUGCACUAAGCUCCUAUGAUGCGAGGUUUGUAGCCAGUCUUCGAGCCCGCCUGAAACAGCUUCAUCCUUCAGCGAACUGCACUCUGCGGGAAGACCACAUGGUGCACGUCCAUUUCAAAGAGGAGAUAGGCAUCGCUGAGCUCAUCCCUCUAGUCACCACCUACAUCAUCCUCUUUGCUUAUAUCUACUUCUCCACCCGAAAGAUUGACAUGGUGAAAUCCAAAUGGGGCUUGGCGCUGGCUGCUGUGGUGACGGUUCUCAGCUCUUUGCUCAUGUCUGUGGGACUCUGCACCUUGUUUGGCCUGACGCCCACGCUGAACGGAGGGGAAAUCUUCCCUUACCUUGUGGUGGUAAUUGGUUUGGAAAAUGUCCUUGUCCUCACCAAGUCUGUUGUUUCAACGCCUGUCGACCUUGAAGUCAAGCUGCGUAUUGCUCAAGGUCUAAGCAAUGAGAGCUGGUCCAUCAUGAAGAAUAUGGCCACUGAACUGUGCAUAAUCCUCAUUGGAUACUUCACAUUUGUGCCAGCAAUUCAGGAGUUCUGUCUGUUUGCUGUGGUCGGUCUGGUGUCGGACUUCUUCCUGCAGAUGUUUUUCUUCACCACUGUGCUGUCUAUUGACAUCCGCCGCAUGGAGUUGGCUGACCUGAACAGGCGUCUCCCAGCUGAAGCGGGGAUGCCUCCACCUAAACCAGGCCCUUUACGUCCACGAGAGAUGCCUCCGCCACCCCGCCCUUCUCCCCACACCAUCACCCUGCAGGCUCCUGCGUUCCGGAACCUCCGCUUGCCCAAGAGGCUCAGGGUGGUGUACUUCCUAGCCCGCACUCGCCUGGCACAGAGAAUCAUCAUGGUUGGCACUGUGAUCUGGAUUGGGAUCUUGGUCUACACGGACCCUGCUGGUCUGAGGACUUUGCUUGCUGCUCAGGUGUCAGAGCAGAGCCCUCUUGGGGAGGCGGGGCUUCCUCCUCACCUGGGCGUUGCUCCAGUGCUUCCUGGUGGAGACCCAACCAGUACACUGAGCGUGCUUCCUGCCCCUGAACCCACUCCUCUACCCGAAAACCAAUCCCAGGGUCACCGAGCAGCCCGCCCAGAAGUUGUCCCUGUGUCCAGCCCCCAGAUCACUUGGGGCCCUGAGGAUGAGGAGCUAUGGAGGCGGCUUUCUUUCCGCCACUGGCCCUCACUCUUUAGCUAUUACAAUAUCACUCUUGCAAAGAGGUACAUCAGCAUUCUUCCAGUCAUCCCCGUCACGCUCCAUCUAAGCCCACAAGAGGCCAUAGACACACGCCAUCCCCAGGAUACACACCACGCUCCUCCUCCCAGCAUCAAGACCUCCGAUCUACAGGCAGACCUCACACUCUACAAGGUGGCAGCUCUUGGACUUUUCGCCGGUGUGGUGUUAGUUCUCUUACUCUUCUGUCUGUAUCGUGUGCUCUGCCCUCGGAACUAUGGGCAGAAUGGGGUGCCCCAUGGUCGCCGUCGCCGUGGAGACCUGCCCUGCGAUGAGUACGGCUACUCGCCGCCAAUCAGUGAAAUUUCCCCUCUGCUGCUGAGAGGCCACAGCAUGGACAUUGAGUGUCUGGCCAGUGAUGGCAUGCUGCUGGCCAGCUGUUGUCUGGCGGGACAGAUCCGUGUGUGGGACGCACAGACAGGAGACUGUCUUACUGUCAUACCCAACAAUGGUCUGCGCAGGAGCAGCAGCAGUGGUUGUUGGGAGCACCGUGAUGGCUGGGAUCACAUAGGUGCUUGUGAGACCGAGAGCCUCUUGGGGGCAGACUUUCGGGAACCAGGAGGAGCUGUGGGAGGACCAGAUGUAGAUAUUUUCCCAAUAAGGAGGAGGACCACCCCUGCACGCCCUGCCCUGUUUGGGGACCAGCCGGACCUCACCCCUCUCAUUGAUACCAACUUUGGGUCUUUGCCCCCAUCUCAGACUUUAAGCAGCUCUGGCUUUGAUUUCGGGGGAUUGGUGGAGAAAGCGUACCAGGAGCAUGAGCCCUCACCAACACUUGCCUUCCCACCUUCUCCUCCAGCUUCACAACAAAGGCGGCGUAGCCUUGGGGACCAGCCUGUUUUAACCCCAGAGCUCCCGCCACAGAAUAAUGGCGACUGGGACAGUUCAGUGUGGGCCAUGGAGCUGAGGGGUAACCUCAUUGCCACGGGCCGCAGCAGUGGCAAACUGGAGCUGUGGGAUGCAGUAGAGGGAUCAUUACGGUGCAGUAAUGAAGAUGGAGUAUCUGGAAUCACUGCCUUGGCUUUUCUCAAUAACAGAAUUGUGGCAGCUCGUUUAAAUGGCUCACUGGAUUUCUUCACAGUGGAGAUCACCAAGCCUCUUGGGUUGCUGCAGUAUCGCGGACCUCCAGGCCGAGGCAGUCUGCCCCCUUCCCCCUGUUACAGCAGCGAGGAUGUGAUCAGCUGUCAGCUGACACGCUCAGUGCAGUGUGCCCACCAGAAGCCCAUCACUGUGCUCAAAGCUGCCGCUGGCAGAGUGGGCACCGGCAGCCAGGACCAUACAGUCAGGGUGUAUCGUUUGGAAGAUUCUUGCUGCCUCUUCACCCUGCAGGGCCACUCAGGUGGUAUAACUGCCAUAUACAUAGACCAGACCAUGGUUCUAGCCAGUGGGGGCCAAGAUGGCGCCAUCUGCGUGUGGGACGUCCUAACAGGCAGCCGAGUGAGCCACGUGUAUGGUCACCGUGGUGAUGUCACCUCAUUGGUUUGCACAACUUCCUGUAUCAUUAGCAGUGGGUUGGAUGACCUCAUUUGCAUUUGGGACCGUAGCACAGGCAUAAAGCUGUACUCCAUACAACAGGAGGUGGGCUGUGGGGCCAGUCUAGGGGUGAUUUCUGAAAGCCUGCUGGUGACGGGAGGACAAGGUUGCGUGUCAUUUUGGGACCUGAACUACGGGGACCUUCUGCAGACGGUGUACCUGGGCCAGAGCAGUGAAGGUCAGAGCGUCAGGCAGCUCCUGGUUCUGGACAAUGCCGCCAUAGUCUGUGACUUUGGUAACGAGCUCAGCCUAGUCUACGUGCCCUCUGUUCUGGAGAAGUUGGAUUGAACACACACAAACACCAGCCCACAGAUUUAGGGAAUUUUCAGAGCGGCCGGCACAAAAGCACUCGCCCUUUAACCUGUAUCACUGCAAGUUCAUUGCAGACAUGAAUGACGUUCCUCGUGUCCUCUUGUGUACCACCCUACACUUAGUAGGGAGGGAGUGGCCACUUUCUACCACAUCCGAACAGGAUGUAAAUGCAAAACCUGAUUGUUUGGUGUUAAGCAGGCCUCUGACGCUCCAUUGGAGCAUUGGUAGAACACCAUACAGAAUAUUCUGUGUAUGAAUCCGGACAGAAUUACAUGAGGCUAGUACAAUAGCUGCUGACAGUGAGAGGUGGCUCACUGGGCCUGCCUUAAGAUGUCUGUUUGUGUGUAUGUGAGUGGUAAUAAACUCACGGUGAGAAUGCCAGGCCGCCCAGUCCAGAAACUCUCAGCUUUGUGACAGCUAGAGGUGAGAGAGUUCACAAUAAUAUGUUUGCAGAAGGAGAGGAGGAACAAGAGGUGGUUGAUGGGGCUGAAAAAGGCAUAGAUAUUUCCUGCUGAGUGUGUUUUUUUGUGUGCAACUUAUUUUUGAGUGUUUGAAUCUUCAGAAGUGUUCAGGUUAUGUUGCACCCCAUAAUCAAAAGAAUCCUUUGAGGUUUGAUUAAAGACUCUACAGCAAAGUUCGAACAUCUUAGCAACUGCAUAGAAAUUCUUUUGCAAUAUUGUAUAAAGACAGUAAACCUAUUUUAGGUCCAUUCACAUGUAUGUAUGUGUAUAUAUAUAUACAUUUAUAUAUGUAUAUGUGUGUGUAUAUAUUUUAUGACAAUUAAACAGCCCUGUCCUUUAUACGUACAUAUAGAGAGUAUUUUUUACAUUACAAAUUAUAUAUAUAUAUGAAUUUGAAUUUUUAAUUUGUUUAUUUAGAAAAUAGAAAACAAAUAAAUCAUGGAUGAUUUUUAUUACUUACAAGCAGUCACAGCAAUGCCUUUUUUUUUAAGUUUAUAUUUGUUUUGUUUUUUCU